CGCAUCCAAAAGAAAAGGUUCCGUGCAAAGGAAAAGUGGAUUUUUAGUCUAAUUAUUAUUAACUUACGUGCCCCAGGACGAGGGGACACAUUCCGGUGGGUUCGCUACGAGACCGCGUACGGCAGCAUGGAUACCAGAACCGUUCUCGAGGGCUAUUUGCGCAGAGCCGUCAAUCCGAAUAAUGAUGACCUGGAUGUGUCCGCGAUUGAUCAGUUUUGCCUGACGCUGAAGAAAGAUCCCUCACGGAUGUCGACGGCUCGGGAGCUGCUGGUGAGCCGGAUCCAGUCGACGAACGCGAAAGAAUCCUUACUCGCACUCGAGGCCCUCGAGGAGUGCAUGGAAUCGCUGGGGCGCGAGUUUCGCUCCGAGAUCAAUAAGUUCCGCUUCCUUAACGAGCUGAUUAAAAUGGUUUCAAAAAAGUAUAACGGUGAGCAGACACCGCGCGAGGUAUCGGAACGGAUCCUGAACAUUCUGCUGACCUGGACCAACAAGUACGAACCGUGCGAGUGCGAUAAGAUACAGGAAGCGUACACUUUGCUCGCCAGCCAGGGCAUUCAGCAUCGGUCGCAGCAGAACGUGAUCAUUCGCAAUCCGGGCGGUGCUGGAUCUCAACUGCGAUCGACAGCAGCCGGUGACGAUCGAUCGAACCAGUCGACGGACAAGCGAGAGCAAAAGCUACGACAGCUUAUCAGCAGUGGCAAGCGAGAGGACUUUGAAAAGGCCAAUCUGCUGAUACAGAACUUUUGCCGUGAUGAGGAGCGGCGUACGCAGAUGAAGAGUCGCCGGUUGUCGGAGCUACAGAAGGUGGCCGAAAACACGAAGCUACUGGAUGAGAUGCUCGAUCAGUAUCGGGGUGGUGGUGGUGGCGGUGGUGCUGGAGAAUCGAGCUCAUCCGACGAGGAGCUGGCAAUACUGAACGAGAUUUACGAAUCGUGCGAAUCUGCCCAGCCAACGAUCGUACGGUUGGCGGAGGAGACGCAGCAUUGUGAGGAGAUGAUUGAGAAAAUCUUUGAAGUUAACGAUGCGUUGAACCAGGUGCUGGAUAAGUAUCGUAUAAAGGUGCUAAACCAGCGGCCGGAUGUGCAUGGUACCGCCGGAGAGCCGCUACUGUCUGCCCUUCCUCCUUCGGUUGGCUACGUACCCAACAUUGUUGGUCCUGACACGCUGGACUGUCUGUUCGAUGUGUCGGAUGCCAAUGGAACAGCGGGCCUCGAUAGAGGAGCAAUGGGCGCUAACCGAGCCGCGCCUACAUCGUCGUCCGAUCGUACCAACUACAAGGACAUUCUAAGCGAUAUCUUCACAGCAAGUGCCACUGACGGUGCGGGCACCGUCAAGCCCUUGACCAGCAUUACGAAUGCACCGAACAUUCUCAUGCCGGAAACCGUACUCGCAGCUAAUCGAUCAUCGGCGAGCGCGACGAAUGUGAAGGAUCAUUUACUCGAAAUCAAUUCGCUUCUUGGUGGCAGCAACAAUCAGCACCAGCAGGGAGUUGGUGUAGGGGUAGUGUUGCCACAAAACGCCAGGAUUAUGCCCGGUAAACCCGUCCCUUCGGUGGACACGUCUAAUCAAAGACCAGCAUCGGUUGGCUCAAAUGGUAUCACGACCGCGAACAAGAACGGCGGUACGACGGGAGUAGCAGGUGCCGCUGCUGCUGCUGCUCCACCGUUUGGUAAAGCCAUCCCAGAACUCGAUUCCAUCAUUACGGGCAUGAAAGCGACGCUACUGUCCCCACCAUCCGUAAGCAGCUCUUCCACGAACGUUAAGAUCGAUCCCGAAUCUCGUGCUGUCGAAUCGAAUGAGCAGCCGGCUUUGCAGCCGACUGAAGAAGAUGAUCCAAUUCUGGUGGCUCCUACGCAACCUGCGGCCGUUCCACCAACCAAUGCGCCGCAGCAGCAGCAGCCAGCGAAACCGGAGCUGAAAGCGCUAGCAGACAUCGUGAUCGAUUUGGAUGCGAUCACACCGAGCAAGGAACCAUCGCGGACGGUGCUGGACGAUAAGGAGGGGCUACAGAUUACGCUUAACUUUGCGGCCGACCAUCCACGGCCCGACGUUACGGUUAUCGUCAUUUCGACCAUCAACCAGGGUCGUACCGGUAUUCCGAGCUUUCAGUUCGAUGCGAGCGUACGGAAGCCAUGCAAGCUCCGGUUGCUACCACCGUCCGGGACGAGCUUGCCCGGUACGAAACCAUUCCGGCCACCGGCCGACGGUAUUAUGCAGGUGCUGUUGCUCGCCAAUCCGUCCGGUGAGCCCGUCGAUGUGACGUGCAUCCUGACGUACCUGGUAGGCGAUGAUCCGGAUCCAAUCAAAGAAUCGAUCGUCAUGCAGGCGGUUCCAUCGGUGCGAGACUAACGGGAGAACGCGGACAGGGGGAUGCGGAUGUGAUUGGAGGAGAUACCUGUGAUUGCGCGGGACGAGCGGGAGUAGAACUUUUUACCAGAACCAGACAACACUUACGCCCUCUGCGGUGAGAAACCGUCUCCUUCAUGCAAUUGCGGGAACCAGUUGCCUACAUAGUUGCGUGAGAGAGAUAGAGAGAGAGAGAGGCACACCCCCGGUAAAAGGGGGUGCCCGCGGGGGCCGAAGUGGCAGAUUAUGAAUCAAAAUGCUGUAAAAACCAAAAUUAAAACCAAAAUCAACAUCCGCGCAUUACCUUAAGCACUUUUGUGGCUUUGUUGAGCAUUCUUUACUGAUUAUUGAGAAAAUGGUACGAUGCAAAAUCGAAAGUGACGGUUGGUGGAUUCGUUAACAG